GCUCUGUGUGUGAACAGAUCGCUCUCCUGACAUGGAGAACUACUGGGAGGACGAUGACGACAGCUUCUCCUCCGAACAGGAAGGAAGUGAUGACGCGGUCCCGCCUCAGGACAUGUAUGACGACGAUGACGAUGUUCAGGAAAAGAUGAAGAAGUCUUGUGGGAAAAUGAUCCGAACAACCUCCCUGACGAAUCAACCGAACUUCAAGCAGAAGUUUGUGGCUCUGUUGAAAAGAUUCAAAGUGACUGAUGAGGUUCUGGACCCGGUGGGUCAGAGUCAGGAGGUCGAGGAGGAUCUGGACCUCCUGUACGACAGUCUGGAGCUUUACAACCCGAGUGACAGCGGCCCCGAGCUGGAUGACAACGACAGCAUCCAGAGCACACCAAAACCAAAACUGAGGCCGUUCUUCGAGGGCAUUUCUCAGUCGCCCUCUCACACAGAGAUGAUGAGUCAGAGGAGUCACCAGAGAGAAGCGCCUGCAGCCGUGACAGAGCUACUGCUUCUUGUUCAGGGGUCUGGAGGAGAAGAGGCCGGCCCCGGGGAAGGUGAGGAUGAUGUUGCCAUGGUAACAGAUGCAGGGCCGGCUGCAAAGCUCUGUAAAACUGAGUCCCAGACACACAUGUCACCAAGUAAGACAGGAAGUCAAAUGUCUCGCCAUCCGUGGAGCGUCUCCAUAAAGGACAGACAGAACUCCAGAGGGACAGACAGAACCAGCAGCGUGGACAGUGAGACGUCGUCAGACUACAGGACAGCUGCUCCACAG